UGUAAUGCCAAGCCUUUUAGUUUGAUCCACAUAGGCAACAUGAUGCACAGUGGCUUGAUCCACAAGACAUAUUUUGGGAAAGAUGCAUUGGGGGAAGCAUCGGAGGAUGCAUCUCCAGAGCAAACGUGUCUGAGUGCAAACACUUGACAACACCUCCACUGUGCUUCUGUUUAGUCCUGAUGAGCAUCCAUCUAAGGAGAAAAUUCCAUUUCCCAGAUGAGCAAAGAGAAAGGAAUGAAUGUGGAAAAUAGCUUCCAGCUCCUUCCACCACUUCUGCAAAGUGGCUUCUGGGCUUCUCUCCCAAACCCAUGAGUGGGAUCAGGGGGCCCCUGAUCUGGGAUCUAGUGCUGGAAUUAUGUUGGCAAUGCAUUCUCGGCCAUCUCUUCUUUCUGUUGUGGAAGAAGCAUCCGCACGACCAGAUCAGGCUCCGGUUACCUUUGGGGAGGUGGCUGUGCAUUUCAGCGAGGAGGAGUGGGCUCUGCUGGAUCUGGACCAAAGAGCCCUGUACAGGGAAGUUAUGGAGGAGAAUUUUUGGAAUGUUGUCUCUCUGGCAGGUGACAGGUGGGAAAGGGACAAGGAGGGGGAAGCCCAUGGAAGAUUGUUGGCAGGUACCAGACAUAAAAAUAGAGAGCUACAGAGAAUGAAAAUGGAAGCAAAGCGGAAGAGGAGGAAUGGGCUUUCUGCUACUCAGCAUGGUGACCUCCAUAAAAACACAAUCCAGAAAAAAGAGGAGGAAGUAAGAGAGAGAAGUCUGUGCCCUGUGUAUAAGGAAAGCUUCAGUUUUGAACCAAGCCAUCAAUCUCAGUGGAAAAUGCACAAAGAAGAGAAACCAAAUAAAUGGUUGGAAUGUGGGCAAAGCUUCAGUGACAGUGAAAAUCUUGGUAUGAGUCAAAUAAUCCAUACUGAAGAGAAACCUUUAGAAUUAUUGGAGUGUGGAAAGAGCUUCCAUCAGUCGGACUCCCUUACUAAGCAUCAAAGAACACACACCGGAGAGAAACCAUAUCACUGCUUGGAGUGUGGAAAGAGCUUCAGAAUAAGUUCACACCUCACUUUACACCAAAGGGUUCACACAGGGGAGAAACGAUAUAGAUGUCUGGAGUGUGGAAAGAGCUUUUGUGAUAAGGGAAAUCUUACUAAUCAUCAAAGAACCCAUACUGGAGAUAAACCAUAUAUGUGCUUGGAAUGUGGAAAGAGCUUCAGUGUGAGUUCACGUCUCGCUUCACAUAAAAGUAUUCACACAGGGGAGAAACCAUAUAAAUGUUUGGAGUGUGGAAAGAGCUUCUGUGAGAAGGGAAAUCUUACUAAACAUCAAAGAACACACACUGGAGAUAAACCAUAUAAAUGCUUGGAGUGUGGAAAGAGUUUCUAUGAAUCGGACUGCCUUACUAAACAUCAAAGAACACACACUGGGGAGAAACCAUAUCACUGCUUGGAGUGUGGAAAAAGCUUCACUGUGAGUUCACACCUCAUUUCACAUCAAAGGAUUCACACUGGGGAGAAACCAUAUAAUUGCUUGGAGUGUGGAAAGAGCUUCAGGGGCAAGGGAAGUCUUACAGAACAUCAAAGAACGCACACUGGGGAGCAGCCAUAUAAAUGCUUAGAGUGUGGAAAGAGCUUCCAUCGAGGACAGUCCUUUUCUAGACAUCAAAGAACCCACACUGGGGAGAAACCAUAUAAGUGCUUGGAGUGUGGAAAGAGCUUCAGCAACAAGGGAUCUCUUACUAAACAUCAAAGAACGCACACUGGAGAUAAACCAUAUAAAUGCUUGGUGUGUGGAAAGAGCUUCCAUGAAUUGAACUCCCUUACCAAACAUCAAAUAAUGCAUACCAGGGAGAAACCAUAUCCUUGCUUGGAGUGUGGAAAGAGCUUCACUGUGAGUUCAUACCUCAUUUCACAUCAAAGGAUUCACACUGGGGAGAAACCAUAUAUAUGUCUGGAAUGUGGAAAGAGCUUCAGGGUCAAGGCAGGUCUUACAGAACAUCAAAGAACACACACUGGGGAGAAGCCAUAUAAAUGCUUGGAGUGUGGAAAGAGCUUCCGUCAGAGCUCACACCUCACUUCACAUCGAAGGAUUCACACUGGAGAAAACCCAUGUAAUGGCUUAUAGUGUAGAAAGAACUUCUGUCACAGGAAGUUGCUUAUCUCACCUCAAAUAAUCUCUUGAUGAGUGAUGUAACUAAAUCCCAGGAGAAGUGCCACAUCAUGCUGUGGCAAAAACAGCAAAGAAAGUGUUUCAAGAAGAUUGCAAGCCUCACUUCAUUGUAACGCUUUCAGUUAUGGGGGGAGCAACUGAAUCUGUCCCUGGAGUGUGAAAAGAGCUUUGAUCAGAGGCACUCCCUUACUCCUCACCAGAGAACCCUCUCCUAUGAUUUCGAUUGUAAAGGAACUCACUUUAGAAAGGACUAGAGCUACUUUAAUCUGCUCUGGUUAAAGCAAGAACAACACAUACCUUUAAAACUUGUUCUUUUAUUUCGGCAUGAGCUUCUAUGUGUGUAUUUGACAAAAGAGGUGUCUUGCCUGUGAAUGAUAAUGCCUUCCUCUCCAUCUUGAUGGUGAAGCACCAUCCAGCUUCCUUCACUUUAAAAAUGGUGCAGAGUAUCAGCGUUAUCCAGUGGCCCCGCAUACUGUAAGAUUUUACUUUAAUGAUGUUUUUCAUGCCUCUUCCCAUAGCAGACCACACAUCUGUUCCAUUUUCUUUUAAAAUAAGAGUCUGGCCUCCAGAAAGGGUAGUUCCCCUCUCUCCAUUACAAGGUGGUGGGCUUGUGCUCCAUGUUGGUACCCUUAUGUCUAAAUGGCAAUACUUUCCACAGGCACUGUCUGCUCCUCUGGUCUAUGAUAUGUUUCAGCCUCUGUGGCUUGAGUUUAAACUAGCAUUUGGGCAGUGUGUAGAGGAGUGGUACAGAAGAAUUCUCCAGUCAGACAAAAAGUUCCCUGAUCCUCCAGGAGAGGUAGAAAGACAUCUGCAGUCACACAAAGGCUGGUAGGCUGGGUAGCCCAUACCAAUUUUAAGAAAAAGAUCUUGGGGGUGUGAUGGAUAGUGAAAAUGUGGGCAGCAGCUGUGAAAAAAUGGAAUUCUACACCCAAAAUUUACCACCAUCCCACCCAGAUGGCUCUUGGUGGUUCACAUAAAUGAAACCAAUACAACCCAUUGAAAACGCAAAAUAAAAAACAGCUUAACCCUAUUUAAAAAACACUAUAAAGGCCAGGCUAAAAAGAUGUGUUUUUCAGGUUCUUUUAAAGGCUUGUAAGAUUCUUAAGGCUCUGAUAUCUCUGGGGAGUUCAUUUUACACCCAGGAGUAGCUAUUGAUCCUGAUUUGCCACUAGGCAACCUGGUGGCAGGCAGAGACGGGCCUCUAUCAAUGACCUUAAUGUGCGAUGGGGCUCAUGCUGAAGAAGGUGCUUUCCCAGGUAACCUAGUCCUGAGCCAUUUAAGGCUAUAAAGGUAAUUUCAGACAGAAAAACCUAGCCAAAAAGUGAAACAGGAGACAAAAUCUCAAGGUGCUAUGGGAAAUUCAUUGGAUCCUGAUCAUGCUGACCACUGAAGAUGGUGUCCGCGCAUGCUCAGAUGCCAUUUCCGUGCCAACCCUGCCCCCACAGGCUACUGGGAGCAUCCCUGCAUCCACAUGGUGGUGUGUUUAAUCCAGAUAGUGCCACAAUGGGGCAGAGGAAGGGCCUUGGAGGAGCAGGUCUUCUCCUCUUGAAGCACUCAUUCGUCCCCGCUGAAAGGUUUUGGUGGGGGAAGCUCGAAGUAUUUCAGUGCCUCAAACAGAGGCACCGAACUGCUCCGUGCACAUCCCUACUGCAAGAGUGGUGGCCCAAAGGUUUGGAAAACCCUGGCACAAAGUUCAGUGUAUCACACACUUUAUAUAUUUACUCCUGACUAGUAUAUCUUUCAAAUUGUUGAUUCUCUUAAAGGAAAGGACUGGCUUUUCCUAGCAUCCUGAUAUAAAAUGUGCCAAUGGUGUUUGAUUUUCUUUUUUAAAUUAUUCAUAAUGUAGUUAAAUGUUAAGCUACAAUGUACAGAAGCUGAAGAUCUCUUCUUUGAUGGCUGCAGAAGUUCGUCCCUUGGGACUGCUAUAAAUUUUCUCAAACUGGCUCAGGAUAACCUCUCUCCAGAAACUUGUUUGAUCACCCUAGAUUCCAUUCUAAUCAGUGGAAUUGUUAUUCAGUGGAAUAAUGAGUUUUAUUCUCAAAAAUUGCCCAAAUGGUAUAUUUUCCCUGAGGCACUUAGAAUGAGAACUGUCAAAGAUAAGGUUCCUAUCUGUAGGUUUCCUAUACAAAGAUGUAUGCAAAUAGCCAUUUUCAUCCCUGAUCGACAGAUCCAGAAAAUAGAUUUCUUCUCUGUUAAAAUUAACAUUAAGGUCAUAUGAAGAGGUCUGUCUCCAGUUACCAACGGUAUGUCUGGUGGCAACUCAGAGGCUGGCCUUCCCUGUAGCUGCUUCUGGGCUAUGGAAUCCACUCCUGGCAGAAAUCCAUUGCUUGAGUUCAUUGUUGGCCUUCGGGAGAGCCAUUAAAACCUAUCUGUUUGGCCUGGACUUCCAGGGUUUUAGAACUGUUUUAAAUGUUUUAAUAGUCACGGGUUUUAUUUUUGUUGCUGUGCACUGCCCAAGGCCAUUUGGAUGGGGCAGUAUAUAAACGUAUUAAAUAAAUACUAAAAUGUGUAUUGUGUUGGAUGUUCUGAUCCCUGUAAUUAACACAGCCAAAAAAAGAUUGUAAUUCUAGUGUACUACGCCUCCAAAAUUUAAAAAUAUAUAUACAUCAAUAAACCUGUACCAAAUAACCGAAUUAAAAUUAAAAUGGUUAUCAGAGGAAAAAGUGUGUAUGUCCAUAAGCAUCCAUGUACAGAUUUGCUAUUUCAGGUGCCAUAGGACACUGCAUGGCUACUUCCUGCACCUGCCAAAAAAAACAGGCCAUUGAAGUGGAAAUACUUUUUCUAUAUAUAUUUCCACUAAGUUGACAAGAAAAUGGAGGGGUGGGAUUUGAACACCGGCUGCCAUAUACUGAGUCAGACCAUUGGUCCAUCUAACUCAGUCUUGUCUACACAGACUGGCAGCAGCUUCUCCAUCAGAAAGAUUGUCAAACUAGUCUCCUGGAUCAUGUGGAUAGUAAUCAGUUUGUCUGAUCUCCUGUUGUCCCUUUGGAACAAAAUGCCUUGUUUCCUUUUUCCCUUAAAAAAAAAAAAAAAAAAGAGGAAGCCCAAGACAGUGUUAUAUUGGUAUCACUGCUCUCCCCUGUAUGUGACUCCCAUUCAUUGUUGGUCAUCAUCCUCUACUAGUAAAGAUCAUCCUCUACUAAUAAACAUGAUCCUCUAUUACAGAUCAUCCUCUACUAAUAAAGAUGCCUUUUUAGAUUCCCUAUAUAUCUAAGGAUACAUUUUAUUAGACUCAUAAUCAGUCUCAUCAUGUAAGAAUUUCUUAUACUUGAAUAGUUUUAAUCAUCUAAAAAGAUCUUUAUCUAAUGAAUUUUAUGUUCUAUUUCUUUAUAUUUACUCUGUUUUAACUUUUCCAGCUGUUCAUCCAAAGUCUUUUGUAACUGCAAAUUGACUUGUGUUGAGGUCUCAAUAAUAACAUAAGGUCUUGUGAACACUUGGGGACAGGCCUUCUCCAUUGCUGCUCUGAGGCUUUGGACUGCACUCCUGGCUGACAUAAGAGCCUCCCCAUCUCUGACAAUGUUUUAAAAGGCAGUUGAGAUGUAUUUGUUCACCCAGGCUUUUAUUUAGCUCCCCAGUUUUAAGUUUUGUGUUUAAUUUUAGAUUGUCUUAAUUUGUACUGUUUUUAUUUUAAACUACCCAGAGACAUGCAUUUUGGUUGGCUUAUAAAUUUGUUAAUAAAUAAAUAAAAUGGCAUGCCACUUA